CCACGCCCGCCGCACCUGCACCUGCACCCAGCACUAGAGCACCACCUUCCACAUCGCAAAAAUCCCCAGUGCCCAACGUCGACAUCUUCCCCCGUUCUCAUCACAGCAUCCAGAGAACAUAAUCCCUUCCAACCCCACCCAGCGCGAACGCUUCCAACGUUGUGUUUCUCUCCCUCGCCCAAAACACUCGAUCGCGUCCUCCUUAUCUGGCCUCAGACGAAGCUCUGACCGCCUUUGACGAUUCGCCGCCAGCCCCACGCUAGGAUUGAGGUGCUGUGCCAAUCUGAAUACCGCGACCGGCUGCUGAAAACAACGUCAUCCUCAACCUAACUCGACGACCCCGACGACGCUGUCCCCUUCGCUCCUCACGCCCCUGCCUUCGUGCGAUCGAUUCAUCUAUCAACUUCCCAAGCAUCUCAAUCGAUUAGACGACUUUCAGCAUGGAUACGAACAUGGAGGACGUCGGCCGUGUCCCCGCCGAUCUGCCAUCCACCCAGAACCUUGAGCCCACCACGAUCCCUACUCUAGACGGUUGGAUCGAGAGCCUCAUGAGCUGCAAGCAGCUCGUCGAGGCCGAUGUCCAGAGGCUCUGCGAGAAGGCGCGGGAAGUCUUGCAGGACGAAUCCAAUGUGCAGCCAGUCAAAUGCCCGGUGACAGUGUGCGGUGAUAUCCACGGCCAAUUUCACGAUCUUAUGGAGUUGUUCAAGAUUGGCGGUCCGAACCCCGACACCAACUACCUGUUCAUGGGUGACUACGUCGAUCGUGGUUACUACUCCGUCGAGACCGUGACUCUCCUCGUCGCCCUCAAGAUCCGAUACCCUCAGCGCAUCACCAUCCUGCGUGGCAACCACGAGUCCCGCCAGAUUACCCAGGUGUACGGCUUCUACGACGAGUGCCUCAGAAAAUACGGCAACGCCAACGUCUGGAAGUACUUCACCGAUCUCUUCGACUACCUCCCCCUUACCGCCCUUAUCGACAACCAGAUCUUCUGUUUGCACGGUGGUCUGUCUCCUAGUAUCGACACCCUGGACAAUAUCAGAGCUCUCGACAGAAUCCAGGAAGUGCCCCACGAGGGCCCAAUGUGCGACCUCCUUUGGUCCGACCCGGAUGACCGCUGCGGCUGGGGGAUAUCACCCCGUGGUGCCGGUUAUACGUUCGGUCAGGACAUCUCCGAGGCUUUCAACCACAAUAACGGUCUGACGCUUAUUGCGCGUGCUCAUCAACUUGUGAUGGAGGGCUACAACUGGUCUCAAGACAGAAAUGUCGUGACAAUUUUCUCUGCACCCAACUACUGUUACAGAUGCGGUAACCAAGCGGCGAUCAUGGAGAUUGACGAACAUCUCAAGUACACUUUCCUGCAAUUCGACCCUUGCCCCAGAGCCGGCGAGCCGAUGGUCUCGAGACGCACACCCGACUACUUCCUCUGAUCAACCUAUCCGAUACCCUUGCCGUCCACUAUCCAGAUCAAUCUGGAUGUCAUCCGUGGACGGGAUUCGAAGAGAUGGGGGCGUGCAUGCUCAACUUGCAUUGGUGUUUUAGGGGCGUCUAAUCUUGUAAGAUUACAACAAAAGCCAAGAGAACCAAUGUACUCCCAAGAAAGAGAGAUCCUGCGUUGAGCAACAUGAUAUAGAGCGAGAGAGAAACAGAAUGGCCCAGGACGUUCAACUGCGAGCGCGAGAGUCCCUUAGCAUUAAGGUCCCUGGUGUAUCCUGGACGCUUUCCUCUGUCAUCACGUUAGAUACUCAUCAUAGACCGCCGGCAACAAAGAAGGUGUCGAUGUUAAUGACAAGCUGAUGUUCCAA